AUGAAAGGAAUCAAUUGUUUUUAUUCUAUAGGAAAGCAAAUUUCAGGGAAUAAUUUAACUGGGCUAAAGGUAGCUGAAACAUUGUAUAGCCUUUCAAAGUGCAAAGACAGCGACUCAUUUUUCUAUAAAGACGAAGAAUGAUUUAAGUCGCUAUUUUCUUACACAAAAUCUGCAAUUCGAAGAAUAGAUGCUAACCACCUUGCAGCAAUUACAUACUACUCGGCCUUGAUAAAAUACUUUGAAGCUGAUUUAUGAUAUGUUUUAGAAAUGCAGAUCGCAAGAACUGAUAUCACAUCACUAAUGAAUCCAAUUGGACUAAUUAGAACUUCUCAAGGUUUUGCAUUAGUCCCUGAAAGUUUGCCAAUUUCCCACCAAGAAGUAUUUCAGCAUAUAGAAGCCCAGUUUGUAGACAGAAUUGACGCAUAUUUCAAGAAAACAGAAAAACAUGCACUUAUUCCUGUAGAAGAACUUGGGAAUUUGAUAGAGACUUUUGCAAGUAUGAAUGAAGGGAAUAAAAAUUUUUAUUCACAUGUAGAGAGAUUAGCUGAUGAAUUAAUGAUGAAAAAUCGAUGAAAUCUGGAAGAUUAUAGCAAAAUCUUAUGGGGAUAUAGUUUUUUCUCUAGAAUAGCGCGAUAAGGCGCUGUGAUAGGCUGGACUGGAGGAGUUCAUCAUAUGAAGAACAGCGUUUCAGAUUUUUAUGAGUAAGGAACUAGUGAGACUGAGGCUUUGGCCUUAAUUCAGUCUUCAGAGCUUGAGGAAUUUCUAUUUGUUUAUUACAUAAUUGACACGCUAUUUUUGGAGACAUUUUAGGGACGGCAAAAAUAUGGCAAGGCGUGGCAAAAAAAAAGCAAAGCCAGUAAAAAAAAGCAAAAGCAGGCAAAAAAAAACGGCAAAGCAGGGCAAAAUUUUUGCAAUAUUUGCAAAAACACCCGAAAAAAGCGCAAAUAAUUUAUAAAAAAGGCAAAGCAAAGCAAAAUGUUGCAAAAAAUGAAAAAUUUAGCAAAGCUUAGAAAAUUUGACAGUGAAAAUUUAAUAAUUUAUAGGAAGUAUACAACAAUGUUAAAUUAUUUAAACAACAUAUAAUAUAGAAUAAAUAGAAGUCAACUUCGUGAUAUAAAUGCUAGAGUCUAAUACAAAAUAUCUUUUAAAGAAUUUUACAAAAACAUAACUUAAAAAUUUUAAAAAUUUGGAAAAUUUAAAUUUGGCAAAAUUUUAAUUGAGAUCCAGACAAAGUAUAUAUAUAAUAUAUGCUCACAAUAUAAAUAUAAAAUAUUUUGGUAUUUCAUCCGCUCUAAAACUCCAGUAAAAAAUUUUUAUUAUCAUUGUAUAAUUAUUUUGUGAUUCGAUAAUAAAAGAGACAUAAACUUAGUGAAGAAAAUAAAAUAUAUAAUAAAUUAAUACAAAGAACGCUAUAUUGCCUACUUAAAUCUAUCAGAACAUAUACUAAAAUGUAUAUAGUUAUAAAGAGCAAUAAUUACAAAAUUGUGCUUUUAAAAACUAAAUUUUUAAAAUCGCAGCCCAAAAAUUGUCAAAAAGUCUUCAACGUAAAGAUUUAAAUCAUAUUCAGUCUAAUAAACAAUUUGAAAGCAGAAAAACUUUAUUUCUCAUAUAAAAUUAUAACAAAACUAAAAAUUAAAAAAUGACAUAAAAAUGACAUAAAAAAAUUAAAUAAUGUAAAAAACACAAAACUAGUUAAAUUUAUAGCAAAAAAACAAAGCAAACACAAUUUUUAUUAAAUGGAAAAAUACCCCAUUACCAAAAAAAUCAAAAAAUUUCAUAAAAUCUUGAGGAGAGUAAGUAAAAUGAAUAAAUUUAAAAAUUCAUAAUAAAACUCAUCCAUUUAUCAUAUUUUAGCGCCACAAUACGGCCAAUACUAAUGUAAAAAUACUAUAAUCCGUUGAUAAAAAUUUUUAUGGACGUUAUACGCGCCAUUUUCAUAUGAAAUUUCUAAUUAUGAAUUUCCCGCACUUAAAUCAGGGUUUUAAACACAUAUUUGGUUUUUACAUUCCAAAUUCAAAAUGACUUACAUAUGCAUGAUAAGAAAUUAUUGCAAUACAUAAUACUAUAAAAAUACUACCUUAAUUUUAUAAAUAUAUAAUAAAUGAUGAUAAUAAAUAUAUGGAAAGUGAAGAAUUAGAAGAAAUUAAAUUGAAAUUUAAACAGAAGAUUCAUCAAGAUGUUCACCUGUAGCAACUUACUCAAGUUAUGAAGAUGAAGCGUCUGAAGAUAAAAUUUCUAAUUGAAAUAAACGAAUUCAAUAGAAAAGAUAAUAGGCCUUCAUCACCCAUAUCCAAAUCUUCUUGAUCGACUUAAAUUACACUAUUGAAAUUUAUUUAGGGGCCAUUUUGGUCGAAAGAAUUUAUUAUUGAAAUAGUUAAGGAGUCGAACGCUUAUGUAAAAGUUAUGACAAAAGCAUUAAAAAAAUAAUAUUGUGUCAAUGCUGCUCAAGAGCUUGAAAAAUGGAUUGGGAUACAAUUAUGAUGGGUCUAAUAAAAAGCUCCCAAGCAAACAGAUUAUUGAUUUACAGUCCCUCUUUACCAAAAUCAGGCAAUAUCUGAAGCCAUGACAUCUAGAAAUUCCAACCAUAAUUCGUAUGCUACAUUUAUCUUCUCCAUAAGACUUAAAAUAAAUAGAUUAUCCAAGCUAGAAAAAAUAUAUUUGCGAUUGUGAAAGAUGCAACAGCAACUAUUCUAUUGGUAUAUAAAAUUCAAAGGAAGACACCAAGUAGUGCAAUAUAUGACAGCUAAACUAAUAAAAUGAGGUUUUAAAGUCUUUGUAUUCUGCGAUUCUGCCACUGGAUAUAUAUGAAAUUUUGAUAUUUAUUGCUGAAAACUACAAAUAAUAAGCAUUCUGAAAUAAGAGUUGUGCAUAAAUUAAUUGAAAAUCUCCCGAAAUCCACAUAGAUUACUUAUUUAAUGAGCGCUGGUGUUAAAGCAUUGAACUAUUCACUUCUCUUUCCAGCCUUGGCUUUUUUGUAACUAAUUCAAUUAAAGGACUUCCAAAAGCUCAUAUUAGUAGAAAAUUGAAGAGUGCAGGUUUUUUUGAGAAUCACUUAGAGAAAUGAAUUCAAAGUUGAUAUGCAGUUAUUUUAGGGGAACUUCUUAAUCUGUAAGCAAACGAAGGAGCAAGAUCGAAUAAUGCCAUUGCUAUCGCAAGAAGUCACUUCAUUCAUAAAAAAAAUCGGCCAAACAAUGUGUUAAACUUAUUUUAUCUUACUAGCUCUCCUCAAGAUUUUAUGAAAUUUGUUGUAAAGCAUGGAAGUAUUUUUGGUAGUGGGAUAUUUUUCCAUUUAAUAAAAAUUGUGUUUGCUUUGUUUUUUGCUAUAAAUUUAACUAGUUUUGGUGUUUUUUUACACUAUUUAAUUUUUUUAUGUCAUUUUUAUGUCAUUUUUUUAAUUUUUAGUUUUGUUAUAAUUUUAUAUGAGAAAUAAAGUGUUCCUGCUUUCAAAUUGUUUAUUAGACUGAAUAUGAUUUAAAUCUUUACGUUGAAGACUUUUUGACAUAUUGUGGGCUGCGAUUUUAAAAAUUUAGUUUUUAAAAGCACAAUUUUGUAAUUAUUGCUCUUUAUAACUAUAUACAUUUUAGUAUAUGUUCUGAUAGAUUUAAGUAGGCAAUAUAGCGUUCUUUGUAUUAAUUUAUUAUAUAUUUUUAUUUUCUUCACUAAGUUUAUGUCUCUUUUAUUAUCGAAUCACAAAAUAAUUAUACAAUGAUAAUAAAAUUUUUUACUGGAGUUUUAUAGUAGAUGAAAUACCAAAAUAUUUUAUAUUUAUGUUUGUGAGCAUAUAUUAUGUAUAUACUUUGUCUGGAUCUCAAUUUAAAAUUUUGCCAAAUUUUUAAAAUUUUUAAGUUAUGUUUUUGUAAAAUUCUUUAAAAGAUAUUUGUAUUAGACUCUAGCAUUUAUAUCACGAAGUUGACUUCUAUUUAUUCUAUAUCAUAUGUUGUUCAAAUAAUUUAACAUUGUUGUAUACUUCCUAUAAAUUAUUAAAUUUCACUGUCAAAUUUUCUAAGCGUGAUUUUGCCAUUUUUCGCAACUUUUUGCCAUUUUGCAAAAAAUUUUGUAUGCUUUGCUAAAUUUUUCAUUUUUUUGCAACAUUUUGCUUUGCUUUGCCUUUUUUAUAAAUUAUUUGCGCUUUUUUCGGGUGUUUUUUGCAAAUCUUGCAAAAAUUUUGCCUGCUUUGCCGUUUUUUUUGCCUGCUUUUGCUUUUUUUUACUGGCUUUGCUUUUUUUUGCCACGCCUUGCCAUAUUUUUGCCGUCCCUAAAAUGUCUCCGCUAUUUUUGCUCCUUAUUCUUGUUUUAUUAUUUUUGCUCCUUAUUCUUAUUCUUUAUUUUUGCUCCUUUAUCUUGCUCGUUAUUCUUGCUCAUUAUUCUUGCUCAUUAUUCUUACUCCUUAUUUAUGCUCCUUAAUAUUGAUCCUUAUGGCUGCUCCUUAUUCUUGCUCCUUAUAUUGCUCUGUAUUUUUGUCCAAUUUUGCUCUUUACUCUUGCUUCUUAUUUUUUGCUCCUUAUUUUUGCUCUUUGUUCUUGCUCCUUAUGCUUGCAUCUAUUCUUGUUUCUUAUUUUUUCUUCUUGCUCCUUAUUCUUGCACCUUUAUUUUUUUAUGUAUGUUUUUUAUUGCUGCUCCUUAUUUAUUCCUUAGGUGUCGCAGUGGGAGGAGCUUUAUUUUUAUUUCUUUUUUGGUAUGGGGUCAGAUUCCAUAUACACCAUUUUUAGGGCAUUUUUUAGGCUAAAAGAAAUAGGCAAUAGGGAGAUAAUUCUAAUAGGCUUUGUUUGAUCCAAAAAUAAAAUGAAAUGAGGCCUAUUUUGGAUACUGAUGGCUAUAUCAAACAAUAGGUUCAAUAAGUCUCAAAAAGUUAUGAUGCUUUGACCCGACUUGGACAGUAGGUUGAUGAUAAAACGAUCUUUAUUCAAAUAUAGUUUUCGUGUUGUGAGUAGCUUUAGCUUAGCUAGAUUUUGGGCUUUAAUUCGAAUUUCCCCGCACCUGUUUUCGACCCCUUUUGCUAAGGCGAAAAUCAAUAGGGCAAUAAGAAGGAACUCUUAGUUUAUAUAUCAGAUUUUUCCUAUGCAUCUAUCAAUUAUUAAGAAGCAACUUAUACAACAUUUGCAAUCUUAAUUUAAGUUGUCUAAUUCUUUACAAUUCUAAUUAUCCAAAUAAUCAGGAAUAAAGCGCUUCUUUAUUUCAGGUGCUGGCCAGAAUUGGCUCAUCAGAACUAUUUUUAAAAGACAAAAAAUAUAAAAUUAAAACUUUGCAAGAAAUCAAAGUUCCACAAUCCCCAAGUAUCUCAAUCCCAAUAGUUGCCUCUCCAAUUUCUCAUAUGACUAAACUCCUCAUUCCAGUCUAGGGCAGCUUCUUAUCGCGCUAUUCUAGAGAAAUGCCUAUAUGUAAUGAUGAAUGCCAAUUUAAGUAAGAGAAUAAGAAAAGUGGCUGAGAAAAUAGAUGAAAGUGAUUUGCAAAAUUUGCCUUUUCAGGCUAGGAACAAACUGAAAUGGGCGCUAGGGCAAAUUAAUGUAAAAAAUAAAUAA